AUGCCAGUCUUAUUUAAAUGGGUGCAUUUUACAUUCACAUUUUACAUUUUAACAGUUGUUGUGAUAUUAGCUCUUGUUAUUUGUGCUGCCUGCAAAAAUCACGAGGAGUUCAAAGGUCAACCACCAUGCGAUUAUAAUCGCAGACCGUCUUCGAAUCCCUAUGCUUAAGGCACAUAAUGCAUGUGAUAAAAAUAAACAGGAAAUACAAAUAAGCACUAUAACUCCGCUGAAACGAAAAAUAAAACAAAAAGGCCAAGCAGAAACGUUUUUAAAAUUAAGUAAUUCAAAACUAAUAAAUAUACACAUUUACAUUUGCAACAAAGAUAUUUCUAUUGUUUCUUGUGUUUAGUUUUUCCCACAAAAGGUACAAUAUAAUUUUCUGCAUCCAAAAAAUUAUAGAUAAAUAGCUCAUCUAAUCACAUAUGUUUGUAUAUUAUAUACGCAUUUAGGCAUAUAUAUAAAUGUUUAAAAAUACAUACAUCCCACUAACGCAAUGUCUAUUUAUACGAUUAUAAAGUAUUCAGUGCGCAUUGGUUUCAUUUGCCCACUUCAUAUUGCUAACGAGACUCUUUUUAAUGUCAUGACUCAUGACAAUGCACUUCUUGCAUUUCAAUGAGUAGGUAACUACAAUAGGGGCAAAAUAAAGUCGGUAAAUGUUACCGAACCUUGUAAGGGUCACUAAAAGAGGCGUAUUCACGACGGGGAUGUAGCUCAGAUGGUAGAGCGCUCGCUUAGCAUGUGAGAGGUACGGGGAUCGAUGCCCCGCAUCUCCAAAUGAUUUUUUUUA